CGUGCCGUAGAGAUGCUGGCGUGGGCGGCCGCCUUGCUGACCCUAUGCAUGUGGAUCCGGAGUGCCAAUUCCCAAGGACAGCUCAUGUGUCCCCACGGUCCCAGCAAUCAGGCGGACUUCUCGGUUAAAUACCCUUUGCCCCAUUUCCAAACGGUGCAUCCUAUACAGAACAUAGUGGCCAACCCACUCAACCAAGAGGUGUACGUUGCCUCACGGAACAUAGUGGAAGCGGUGGACGACAAGCUUAACCAAGUAUGGGAGGUAAAAACGGGUCCAAUUGGCAGUCCGGAGUGUAAAACCUGCCACCUGUGCAACAUGGAAAUAGAUCUCAGUGAACCGGUGGAUACGGAUAAUGAGGUGCUGCUAUUAGAUCUAUCUUUCCUGACCUACCUGUACAUAUGCGGAAGUACCCAACACGGCAUCUGUUUUUUUAUCGACCUCGAAGUCAUGCCACCAAAGCCUCAGUGUUUGUACAAAGAAAAUCAUAACUCCCGCACGUACUGCCCAGACUGUCUGGCCAGUCCAUUAGGCACCAAGAUCACCAUCGUGGAGCAGGCAGCAACAUCGUACUUCUUUGUGGCGGCCUCUGUUAAUGACAAGGUGGCACAGACGUUCCCCCGUAGGUCGGUGUCAGUGGUGAGGCCGCUCUCAACAGAAGAUGGAUUCCAAAUGGUGAUGGAGGGUCUUACGGUGCUACCUCACCUAAGGGACUCAUACAAAAUUGAUUAUAUCUACAGCUUCUCCACUCAAGAGUUCGUAUACUUCCUUUCCCUGCAGAGGGAGAACCCCUCUAAAGAUGAUUCAGCCUUUCAGACCCGUUUAGCACGGCUACCUGUGGGGACCCAUGAGGUGUGGACCUAUCGAGAGAUGGUGUUGGAGUGCAGGUAUGAACCUAAGAGGCGGCGAAGGGUACCUUUCAAGGAUGUUGUGUACAACAGACUCAUGGCGGCCCACUUUGGCCACGCGGGAAACAAUCUCGCUGUAGAGCUAUCGGUGGAUGAGAGUGAGGACAUCCUCUACGGAGUGUUUGCACGGGUUAACGCGGAGGGAGAACCCCAAAAGGAUUCAGCUCUGUGUGCUUUCUCCUUGAGUGACAUAAACAGCAAGAUUGACACUGGAGUUGAGGAUUGUUGCAGGUCCGGAAGUGAACAAUUAUCCAGAGGACUGUGUCAUUUUCAGACAUGUGAAAACUGCCCGCAUGAGUCAGGCAAUGACACAUGCACUGCCAAACCCACACUUGUUUCAAAAACGUACUACAGAGGAGACAUAUUUAACCAAAAGAUGAAGAAUGUCCUCUUCACGUCCAUCCUAGUUACCGUUCAUGGCAGACAAACUCUGGGCCACUUUGGGACCUCAGAUGGAAGAAUCCUGCAGGUCAUUCUUACAUUGGACACACCCUUUAUUUUUGCCAACUAUUCUCUUGGAGAAAUGCCAAUAUCUAGAACAGCAACUAUUUUUAAUGAUGAAUCACUACUUUUUGUGGCUGGAAAUCAGUUGUUUAGAGUGCCUACUAUAGGACCGGGCUGUACGCAUUUUGUCACGUGCCACAUGUGUUUGACGGCUCCCCACUUCAUGAACUGUGGCUGGUGCUCGGGAAUGUGCUCAAGGCAAGAUGAGUGCACUUCGCUGUGGAACAAACAUUCUUGUGCGCCAGUCAUAACAGAGUUUUACCCCAAAACGGCACCAUCGGGUGGGGAAACUGAGCUGACACUUUGUGGGAGGGAGUUUCGAUCUCCUUGGGGACCGCCCAUCAUCAAUGAUGUGACCCAUUCAGUCACUGUGGGCUCAGGGACUUUGUGUACUGUCCUACCCGACAAAAGCAGAAGUCAAGUCCUCGUAUGUAAACUGAAGGACGAAGUGUCAAACCCCAAUCUGACUAUCACUCUGGAAGUGCAUGAAGGGAAAGCAAGGGCUGAGUACUCCAUUGAAGGAAGAGCUCGGGUGUCUGGCUUCUCUGUUGUGGAGCCCAGCAUAAUAAAAAUAACACCCGAGCAUGGUCCUGUUUUUGGCGGAACACUAGUCACACUGACGGGCCACAACCUUGAUUCUGGGAUGCAGAGGGAAGCCUUUAUUGCAGACCUAACAUGUCACAUGCAAGAUACUUCUCUGGAAGAAAGUGGAUCUUUAUCAUCAAUUGUCUGCCUCACCCCGGCUGCUCUAAACAUUGGGAGUGUUCCUGUAAAACUGGUCAUCGACAACCUUGAGGUCACCACCACGAAAACGUUCCACUACAAGAAAAACCCUGUUAUAACUUCUGUGCAUCCUCAUUGCAGUUUCAGCAGUGGCUCCAAGUUGAUGAUUGAGGGUCAGAGUCUUGACUCUGCACACAAAACUGUGCUCCAGUAUACUUCAAGAAGCUCCCCUUUGCAACCCCGACAACUGGAAUGUAACAGCACAGGAAAUGCCACACACAUGAUCUGCCAAGCCCCCGUUUUCCUGUUGGAUAUGUCGGAAGAAAGGUCAGAUGUCGGGGAGCUCUCCAUUCACAUGGACAGCAUGAGAGAUGUGUGGAGGAGACGUUUUGACUACCACCCUGACGCCAAAGUUAUCCCAUUUGAAAAUGAAGACAAUGUGUUAAUCCUUAAACCGGGACAGACCGAAGUUUCGCUGCAUCAUCAAAAACUGAACACGGUAAACCUGUGUAUGAAGAUCAACAUGACAAUUGGAGAUGUGGAUUGUAACGCCAAGGUUCUGAUGAAUGAGCUGACUUGCAGGAUUCCCAAGAACCAAGCGAUCCCCAGCGAGGGAUUGCCUGUCAGGGUCACUGUGAAUGGUGAAUCCCACGAUGUGGGCACUGUCCUCUAUGAGGACUAUAAUCACGACGCAAUUAUCGCUGCCAUUGUCUUGGGUAUCAUCUUUGCCUCGAUGGCAGGCGCCGGAAUCGCCUUAGUUGUGAUGAUUCAUUUGAGGAAGAAGAAGCGAGCAGUCAUCGAGAAUCGUUUAAGUGCCAGGCUUUCGAUGAACCGCAUGGGCAGCCAAAGUGAAAUGUCGCCGACGGGUGACUAUAGGCAGGGUUCCAGCCAAACAUCUGCUUCAGGAGGCAUUGCCUUUCAAGGUCCGCUGUAUGCCGCCAGUUACGACCACCUUGUCGUCCCGUUGAUCCCUCAGGACAGCGUCUCAAUGAUCAGCCUCAAUUCGGACCUGCUUGAGGAGGUCAAAGACGUCCUCAUCCCUGCAGAGAUGCUCAGAAUUGAAACAAGCAAGAGCAUUGGGCAAGGUCACUUUGGGACCGUAUACCAUGGAUAUCUGAAGGACAGCAAAAAGCAAGAGAUGCACUGUGCUGUUAAAUCGCUGAAUCGUAUCACAGAUUUAAAGGAAGUGGAUCAGUUUCUCAGGGAGGGAAUCAUAAUGAAGGGCUUUCACCAUCCCAACAUUCUGUCACUUCUCGGCAUCAUGCUACCCAAAGAAGGGCUCCCUCUGGUGGUCCUCCCGUACAUGAAGCACGGCGACGUGCGGCAUUUUAUCCGCUCGCCGCAGAGGAAUCCAACUGUAAAAGACCUAAUAGGCUUUGGACUGCAGGUUGCCAAGGGGAUGCAGUAUUUAGCAAAGAAGAAAUUUGUGCACAGAGACCUAGCAGCUCGCAAUUGCAUGUUGGAUGAGACCUUCACCGUCAAGGUGGCAGACUUCGGCAUGGCACGUGACAUUUAUGACAAGGAGUACUAUAGUAUUCAAGACCACAGGAGGGCCAAGUUACCCGUCAAGUGGAUGGCUAUUGAAAGCUUACAGACACAGAAGUUCACGACCAAAUCUGACGUAUGGUCCUAUGGUGUGUUGAUGUGGGAGCUUAUGACCAGAGGGGCCAGUCCAUACCCAGAAGUAGACCCUUAUGACAUCACGCACUACUUACUGAGGGGCCGUCGGCUACCUCAGCCACAGUAUUGCCCUGAUAGGCUGUAUUCCAUCAUGUUGGCAUGUUGGAACCCGGAGCCCGAACAUAGACCAACGUUCAACAACUUGGUCGCAGACGUGCAGAACAUCCUGUCCUGUCUCACCGGAGAGCACUACAUCAACUUGAAGGUCAACUAUGUCAACUUAGACCAGGCCAGGGCUUACCCCUCACUGACUGCAUCUGCAGACGAAGCCGAGGGCUCAGAGUCGGACACAAGCGGUCAAGAUGGGAACAGGGAAAACCUCUAA